AUGAGGGAAGUGGGGGAGAUUACUGUCACAUUGGAGGAAGAAGAGGAGGAGACAGGAUAUCUGAUUAACAGCAGAGAGAGACCAGACUCUCAAUCUGACAGCAGUAAGAGUCCUUCAGAGGAACCAGACCCAGAGACUCCCAAACCAGUGAGACGACACCACUGCUCCAAGUGUAAUAAGAGUUUCAAGUUGUCAUUGAACCUAAAAGAGCAUGAGAGAAAACACACAGGACGAAAGCCUUUCCACUGCUCCCAGUGUGGAAAGAGAUUUUCACGAUCACAGAACCUAAAAAAACAUAGUAGAAUACACACAGGAGAAAAGCCUUACCACUGUUCCCAUUGUGGAAAGAAUUUUAGGUUGUUGGAUAAGCUGAAGGAGCAUGAGAGGACACACACAGGGGAGAAACCUUACCAUUGCUCCUUGUGUGGAAAAAGUUUUUCCCAGUUAGCUAACCAAAAAGAGCAUGAAAGGAAACACACCGAAGAAAAGCCUUUCCAAUGUUCCCAGUGUGGAAAAAGAUUUUCCCGAUCACAGAACCUAAAAAUACAUCAGAGGACACACGCAAGGGAGAAAACGUAUCUCUGCUCCCAGUGUGGAAAGUGUUUUACCCAGUUAUGGAGCCUGAACAAACAUAAUAGAAUACACACAGGAGAAAAACCUUACCACUGUUCCCAUUGUGGAAAGAGUUUUGGGUUGUUAGGUAACCUAAAAGAGCAUGAAAGGAAACACACAGGAGAAAAGCCCUUCCAAUGUUCCCAUUGUGGAAAGAGAUUUACACGAUUACAGCAACUAAAAUCACAUGAGAGGACACACACAGGGGAGAAACCAUACCACUGCCUCCAGUGCGAAAAAAGUUUUGCGCAGUUAGCGAGCCUGAACAAUCAUAAGAGAAUACACACAGGAGAAACGCCUUACCCCUGUGCCCAUUGUGAAAAGAGAUUUUCACGACCACAGGAACUAAAAUCACAUGAGAGGACACACACAGGGGAGAAACCAUACCACUGCUCCCAGUGUAAAAGGAGUUUUUCGCUGUUAGGGAGCCUGAACAAACAUAAUAGAAUACACACAGGAGAAAAGCCUUACCACUGUGCCCAUUGUGGAAAGACCUUUUCACGAUCACAGGACCUAAAAUCACAUGAGAGGACACACACAGGAGAAAAGCCUUACCCCUGUGCCCAUUGUGGAAAGACAUUUUCACGAUCACAGGACCUAAAAUCACAUGAGAGGACACACACUGGGGAGAAACCGUAUCAUUGCUCCCUGUGUGGAAAGGAUUUUUCUCAUUUAGGGAGCCUGAACAAACAUAAGAAGGCAAUGCAUUCUUGAGUGAAUCCUUAACCAUGUUCCCAUUCCCAGGCUGUGUUCUGACUUAUGUUUGUUGUUUUAUGCCACAUUAAAUAAUAUUGUUUAUAUUGUGGCAAAGAAGGGGGUCGAGUGAUAAAUGGCAGAUAUGUGAGAGCAGAAC